AUGACUGCUGCUCUUCAUCCGGUAGACCGAUACAGCGAUCGCACAUCUUCUUACCUGCAUUAUUCGACGAUAUUCGACUUCCGAGGCAUCAACUUCCCUAUGACGUUGGACCAGAUUGGGAGAUUUGAAAAGAUGAAUAAUCUCUCAAUCAACGUCUAUAGCGAGAACAAGGAAGUCAUUUUACCAGUCCGCGUGAGCAAGGAGAAAAAAGAGCGCCACAUCAACUUGCUGUACAUUGAAGACGUGUCGGGAUGUGGAAUUGGACACUUUGCGUGGAUCAAGAAUUUAUCCCGACUAGUCAACUCUCAACUUAAUACUGAUGGGCACAAGAAAUAUAUCUGUGAUCGAUGCCUGCAUUACUUUUCAACCAUCGAAAAGCUACAGUCUCAUGAGGUUGAUUGCGGCGUACUCAACGAUUGUGCUACCAACGCUGAUGAGAGGGAGAAAAAUAAGAGCCAACAUCAUCGUGUCUUCAGCGUUGGAUAUUAUGUCAAGUGCUCCUACGAUGAUUCGCUGUCGGGAUACCACGAACGAAGAGGUGAGGAUUGUGUGGAAUGGUUCGUAGAAGAACUUAAGCAAUUAGCUUUGCGGAUUUCUCAAUACAAGUCUCGAUAA